CCGGUGACGUCACGUGGACGGCAGGGUGGCUGAAGGAGGAACGCGCGAGCGCCGUCCGUGUCGCUCGGUGCCCCGCGUCGUCCGGGUUCCUUCGGGCUCCCGUUCGUUGCCGCCACAGGCCACCUCCUCGUGGCCUCCGCGGCUGUCGGUGUCGCUGAGCGGCGGCGGCGGCGGCGCGGACAGCGCGAGACUUGGCUGUGUCGCGUCACAGCACUGUACGUACAGUGUCCGUACAGUGCCCGUAGUGUUACCGCGCGGGUCUCUCUCCGCCUCCUCGUCCUGUCGGUGGUGGUGGAGCGAGCGAGCGAGGGUGGACUCGGAGCUACAAAGGAGGGCAGAGUUACUCAGAAAUGGAGGUGGGAACAGCCCACAGUGAGGUCAACCCGAACACUCGUGUCAUGAACAGUCGUGGCAUCUGGCUGACAUACGUGCUGGCCAUCGGCCUGCUGCACGUGGUGCUCCUCUCUAUCCCAUUCUGCAGCGUGUCUCUUGUGUGGACGCUUACCAAUGUCAUCCACAACCUGGGAAUGUACAUUUUCCUGCACACAGUAAAGGGUACGCCGUUUGAGACACCAGACCAGGGAAAAGACCGGCUGCUGACCCACUGGGAGCAGAUGGACUAUGGUGUGCAGUUCACCUCCUCCCGCAAGUUCUUGACAAUUACGCCCAUUGUGCUGUACUUCCUGACGAGCUUCUACACCAAGUAUGACGCAGUGCACUUUGUGGUGAACACACUAUCCCUCAUGAGUGUGCUCAUCCCCAAGCUGCCUCAGCUGCAUGGAGUCCGGAUCUUUGGCAUCAACAAGUACUGAUGGUGCUGAAUAGUCAGGGACCCAGAGAAAGGGUCCUGAGUUGGAGGCCCAGAGUGGGGCGCUCAGAGCAAUGGAGUCGGCAUGAGAGGCCCGGCGUCAGGGGCCUUGGAGUGAGGGGCUUGGAGCUCAGGGGUCAGAGCAAGGGGGACCGCACAACAGCAGGGGGUGAGGGGAAUGGCAGCCAUGUUGUGUGGCAUACUGUGUGCAAUGCCUACUCGGAUUUAAAAAGGUAACAUUUAAGAUUAAAUGUCAACCCAUUAGGUUAUUUAGUUUGCUAAUGCGAAUACAUGCUGUUGACCAUAUAGUGUGCUUUUUGAUUAAGGUUAUUGUUUCCAUGGAGAUUUACUGUUUUAUACAUUUUUUGUAAAUUACAAUUUGGUUUUAGUCACGAGGUGAUUUGACACAUUGGUUGUAAUUGCUUAUUGCCCACAAAGAGAGAGUGGCAAGUCAUUUAUUGGCAUAGAGGUUUACUUUUUUGAGUGCAUAGUCUUGUAUAUUUUUUCCAAGCACAACGCUGAAUUGUGUUGCAUUUUAGGUGUUAUAUGCAAUGCAUGACUGUCUAUAGUUGAUAUAUUCAGCCAGAUUUAAUUUGAGGAGCUUGUAAAUGAUUUUGUUGGUAAUUUAAACAGGAAAUAUUUUACACACGUUUUGCUUUACUUUUGUCAAAUCUGAAGGUAAGGCACAUGACCUGUAUAGUAUUAACCUACCAGACUGAACCGAGAUUUUACACAAAAAAUUACAUCACAACUUUUCAAAAUAAAGUUGCGGUUGACAAACUUGGCUAAUCUUGCUUCAAGAAGGGGACACCAUGUUCUUUAGCUUGGUGCAAUGAUUAAUAUUAAAUCAAUCAUGGCAGUUGUGUUCUCCAUAUUACCCAAGAAAUUAUGCGAAUGAGCUGUAAUGUUGGCAAAGUGAACCAUGAAUAGCAUCAAUUAAUUGAUAAACAGUAUAUUUAAAGGUAGCCACAACUGACAUAUCUUGUUGUACAGUGGUUGUGAUUGGAAUCCUUGAACUUUAUGCGACCGUUUAUACAUUCGGUUGUUUUGCAUUGAGACACGAUGGCAUCUGGUAGUGCACAUUAAGACGAAACUCCAUAAAAUUUACGUAUCACACUCGAUGUUUGUACUGUAUUAUAAACUGGGCAGGUCCUGGUUCAACCUUUUGGAAUGAGGCCUGCACUGCAGCGUAUAAAACUAAAUGGCUCCAUAUGUAGGAAACAAAAUGCAACCCUUGAAGAAUAAAUAAUUAUUGUAAAUGGUUGGAAUAUUUAAACCUCCAUUGAACUAGAGUAACCAUUACAUUUUUUCUCCUACCAAAGAAUUGUUUUACUGAUUUAAUUUGAUCAUGACAUUUUUUUAUUGCCGUAUUUAGUUUAAAUCCUAUGUAAUUUGUUAAAACCUGAAAAAAUAAGGUGUUUUAGAACAUUGAAAAAAGUAAGGUCAGUAGAUUUAAUGCCCAUCGUUAAGACCUACCCAAAAGUUUUUUGAUGAUUGCAAGGCUUAAUGUUGUAUAGUAAAAUUUGCAGGUGGUGGUAUAUGCUUACCUGCUGGAAUUCCGCUUUAUGCUAUUGUAUCUUUCCACAAACAAGUCUUGAAAAAUCUUGCAGUCGCCUAGAUAUGUGUACAGUACUGUGUAAUGUACAUAGCAUUGUUAAGGUUCGAUAUAUCUAGUAAUCAAUAUACGUGAAGCUGUUUCAUACUCCCAGUUCAGGUUUUGAAUUGUGCAUGGUUAUAAAUAAAGUGAACAUAUGGAAGGUA